CGCUCCGCGUUCGUUCGCAGAGGCCGGGCGGCCCGGCGUGCACUGCGCCGGUCGACAGUGCUGGUAGCUGAGCGGAUGGAACGUAGCGCUCGGACAUGAGCCGGGCCAGCCGGCACCUCCAGAUCCGCUCCGCGUCUCCCCUUUUAUUCCAACUGCCUGGGAUUCAGCCCCACGAAUGGAAAUCAGCCCUCUAAAUUCAACCCCGUAGAGUCGGCGCCAGCCAAUAAAUUGUGCGGGGUCAGGCCACGUGACAGUGGCGGGGCGGUGCUCUGGCGGCUCCGGGAUCUCUAUGGUUUUCGCGGCUCGCUAGAGGGCGUGUGGUCCACUGGAGGACUCCCUACAUUCUUCCUCCAUUACCUCACUGCCUCCGGUGGCUGCUGGGAUACUGGAGGACUCGGGUCCCGGCUCGACUCAGUCCUCCAGCUGCCCGGGGAAUACCUCUAGCAGUUCUUCCCUGCCGCCACCGCCGCCCCGUCGCUUCCUCCUCCGCCCGCCCGCCGGCCUUCUUCGCCCCGCCCCGUCCGCGCCGCGCGUCCGGCCCGUCUGCGGGCCCGCUUCUCUCGGGAGCCCCCACCCAGGCGCAUGGCUCCAUGAAGCUGGAGGAGAAGGCAGAGCGCGAGAGGUCCCGUCCACCCCAGCUGCGUCUGGGCCAGGAGAAAAGGUACAGGAAGAAGGAAUGGAAUCAGAAGGAAGAAAGUUCAUUUCAGAGACAAAAUAACUCUCCUCCUCUGUUAUAGCUGUGCCCCUGGCAAUACAAACUAUCUGCUUUCAUAAUCUCUGUACCCAACUUGGGGCUUGAACUCACGACCCUGAGAUCAAGAGUUGCAUGUUCUUCCAUCUGAGCCAGCCUGUGCCCCUCCUGCUCCAUUUUUGUUGGCAAGAUUCUGUGAACUCUUAGGGUUCUGCAGCAUUCCAGACCUCCAGCACUGAAUCAGGAUGGGAAAAAGACGUUGUGUUCCUCCACUUGAGCCCAAGUUGGCAGCAGGCUGUUGUGGGGUCAAGAAGCCCAAGUUAUCUGGAAGUGGAACGCACAGUCACGGGAACCAGUCCACAACUGUCCCCGGCUCUAGUUCAGGACCUCUUCAAAACCACCAGCAUGUGGAUGGCAGCAGUGGUCGGGAGAAUGUGUCGGACUUAACUCUGGGACCUGGAAAUUCUCCCAUUACACGAAUGAAUCCCGCAUCGGGAGCGCUGAGCCCUCUUCCCCGGCCCAAUGGAACUGCCAACACCACCAAGAAUCUGGUGGUGACUGCAGAGAUGUGCUGCUACUGCUUUGACGUCCUCUACUGUCACCUCUAUGGCUUCCCACAGCCACGACUUCCUAGAUUCACCAAUGACCCCUAUCCGCUCUUUGUGACAUGGAAGACAGGGCGGGACAAGCGGCUUCGUGGCUGCAUUGGGACCUUCUCAGCCAUGAAUCUUCAUUCAGGACUCAGGGAAUACACGUUAACCAGUGCACUUAAGGACAGCCGAUUCCCCCCCCUGACCCGAGAGGAGCUGCCUAAACUUUUCUGCUCUGUCUCCCUCCUUACUAACUUUGAGGAUGCCAGUGAUUACCUGGACUGGGAGGUAGGGGUCCAUGGGAUUCGAAUUGAAUUCAUCAAUGAAAAAGGUGUCAAACGUACAGCCACAUACUUACCUGAGGUUGCUAAGGAACAAGACUGGGAUCAGAUCCAGACAAUAGACUCCUUGCUCAGGAAAGGUGGCUUUAAGGCUCCAAUUACCAGUGAAUUCAGAAAAACGAUCAAACUUACCAGGUACAGAAGUGAGAAGGUGACAAUCAGUUACGCAGAGUAUAUUGCUUCUCGACAGCACUGUUUCCAGAAUGGCACUCUUCAUGCCCCGCCCCUCUACAAUCAUUACUCCUGACACACGGCUGCAUGACCAGUCCCACCCCCCUGUGGCCACCAAUGGCUAUGACAUCAUUGGAGCAGAUGCCUCCUCUUCCUGGUCCAGUUACUUCUAUUACUGCACCAUUUUAUGAUGCUAGCUUCCGUUGCCAAGUCUGCUCAGCUGACUGAGGGGGGGCGGGGUUAUACUGAAUGAAACAGAACUUGAGGGGCCCAAGCCUUAUCUCAGCCUUUCCUCAAUAUGGGGUUCCGUUGGAUUGGGGCUCCUCCAUGACUAGUGAGAAUUACCGUGUGGGUUCAGAAGACCCUUGGCAUGCAGGUACCACUGCUGAUUUGCCGCCUCUGUGUUGGCCACACAGUGGAAGCUGGAAUUGGUGGUCCAUGAAGGCUUACCCCACACACACCCCUACAGCCUCCCCAGAUCAAGUAGGUGUAUUCCCCUGGCAGUCUGGGCAACGGAGACCAACAAGAAACAUUUUUAGGUUGUUUUAAAUUCCUUUUUUAAACUUCCAGUUUAUUGCAUACCAAGAGUUGAUCACAACCUCCAUGCUUCAUAAGUGGACGCCAUGUUAGGGUUGAACGUGGGCACCAUGAGUCCUCCGAGGCUCCUGGACAGAGACCCACACCAAGAUCGGAAGCCCUUUGGAUGGCGUUGCAGAUCUCAUUGCUCAAUUAGCCUCGAAGGUUUUAAUUCUCAUCCCACUCUCAGUUGGAUUUUCUGGCACUCUUCCUGCAUUGCGUCUCCUGGUAUUGAACAGAGCUCUGUGGUGUAGCCUGCUGAGGACUGGACUGGGAUGCCCAUGGGAGGUCCCGAAAUCAUCGCUGCAUGCAGUGAGGAAGGAGAGACCUCUUCCUUACCACCCGGCUACCUCACUCCUCUACUGGUAGCAGUGCCUAUAGCUGGAUCUAGGUUCUCAGAAGGCAUAGGUGUUCCAACAAGCACUUGGGUUGGGCUUUAGAAGGACACGUCAUAGGAGAGAAUCCAGGGUCUCCAAGCUGUUUUUCUUUUCAGGCAGACAUCCUGAGGGACCUUUAAGCAGAGGAGUUCCUUUGUCUAGUUUGCCUGGAGAAGUGGGAAGACUGUUGCUGUUUCGGUCCUUUCCAGGACUUUAGAACAAAGCUGUGUAAUUAAACAAGAUGAGUCUUUAUCUUGCCUAACAUGCUGGGAAUCUUCACCCCACUGUGGCAAAAUUCCAAAUAGCCCAUUUUAUUCUAGGUCAUUCAGACUUUCAUGUGGCAUAGUUCCCUUCCCCAUUGUUGCUGAUUCCAAAUAGCUGUCAGCAAGUUUCUCCUCCCUCUUGCCUAUUCUUCCCUCAUUUGGUGGCAGAGUUCAUAGAAGCUGGGGACUUGGAAGAUGCUUUGGAAACAUUGUCACAGAGGCACUGCUGAAAGGAUUCACAGGAAGAGGUGGCCAAUUGGAAGAAAGGACCCAGAGGGUGAUACACUGGUUUUCAACAACAUGCUUAGAGAACUCUUGAAGUGGAUUGGGUGUCAAUCCAGUGAACACCAUUGUUUUGAUUUAAUUUAUUUUUUGAAGUUUAUGUGGUGAUGGUGUGGCUUUCCAAAAUGGGCAAAUAUCCAAAUCAGAAGAAAUUGUUGAGUUUUCUUCUGCCAGGAAUGGGGGGGAGCAGGGACAUAAUCCAAGAAACGACACACAUGCCAUUCUAGGCAUUGCUGUCUCAUUUCUUGGAAGAAAUGGAUGAGGGGGAGCAGAUUUGCUUGGCACCAUCCUCUGCUGUUCACGAGGAUACGAAAUGUGCAAGGGAAGUGGGCUGACCUCAGGAUGCUCAGGUCAAGGCCGCACCACCCUAUCUUAACCAUUGUGCUGCGUUCUCGCAUCCUGCCACUUUUCCCUUGCAAGGUUAAUGAAAAAAAGCUUUUGAAGAUGAAGGGAUUGUUUCGUGAUUUCCUGCUGCUGAGAAUAAUAAAUGUCUUGUUAACAAACAAAUGUGACGAUAGUUACUCUUAGGUGCCAUGGAUUGAUGUCAGGGUGGUCAGCUCUGGACUAAACCACCCACCUCCAAUUUGUACAACAGUAUUGAUACAUAGGGCUACACUCAUUACUGUUCAAGUGUUCUGUGUUAAAAGUUGUGUUUAAUUUCUAAAGAUUAAAAAAAGCAAAAAAAUUGGUGCUAAACUUUCACCCCUGAGCACGCUCAGUGAGACUGGUCAUGCAAGCAUUUACUACAGUGCCAUGCUCUUCAAGCCUAUUUUUUCUUGUAGAAAUGUUGCCCUAUUUGUCUUCCCCAAUGUAUAGUAUGUUUUUUAUUUUAUUUUAUUGAGGGUGGGGUAGGAUACCUGCCAUUUAAGAAAAUGAACAGAAAAAAACCCACGAAAUGGGGAAAAAAAAUCAGUGCACAAGAAUUGGGCUGAUUAAGCCCAGGACCACACUGAAGUGGGCUCAGAGGUUUUGGAGUGAAGAAGCCUUACUCCCUGCACAUUCCCUCAUGCUCCCAUACAAGUCCAGCAAUGGAGAUGCUCAAGUCCCUCUGGCCUUGUCAGGGGGGCUCAGGAGUCGACCAAGGAAAACUAUUUGGCCCCAUAAGGAAUGCCACGGUCAGUGUCUGUCCUGAAUGGGGCCUAGUCAGGAGGUGGUCUGGAAGUGUACGGUCAUGGUCACCUCGUGAAGACGUGUGGCAGGUGGCUCUCAGGAAAAAUACUAAGUUUGGAUCAUCCAUGCGGCAGCUUUGCAUAGGGAGAUGACAGCUCCGAACUGGAACUGAACUGCCUUCCACGUGCUUGACCAAAGCAGUGAUGAGGGUGGCCAGUACAGGUGGUGUGAGUGGCAGGUCUGAAAAGAAGGGAAUGUUUUCUGCUUGGUGUUUACUUUGUCCUUGGGCUGCUCAAGCUGAACAGUAGGUAACUGCUGUUAAGGAACCAGCCCACGUUGGCUGGUUCAGUUCGGAGUUUGAUUCAUCCCUAGCUGUGAGUGCCUUUUGGUCUGGAAAGUUGGCUUGUCUCAUAAUACCCACAGCUAGGACAUUCUCUUUGUAAUUAUGAAUUGUCCUUGUUUUACGUUAAGUAAAAGAGAAUGUCUCUGAUCACUAGGAUUUGUCGGUGUUGGAUUGUUUCCACUGUGAGGUUCUUAAACUUUUUCGCUUCAUAAUAUUAAAGCAACUCAUGUUAGAGACCCUUUCAACAUGAAAGGUUUGUAGUUGAGACAUUACAUAUAUUUUAUUGUUUAUAAUAAAAACCAUCUAUACAGAAGUCCUGGGUGUUAAUUUUAAUAUUUUGCACAAGACCUGUUUUCCAUGAUAUGUUAACACCUACACUUUCACUAAUUGUUGAUGCUAUUUUCUAUUGAGAUUCUGGAGCCUAGGGAGCUAUGUGUUCGUUUUAUUUUCAUUCUUACUUCCCUGAAGCAAGAGACUUUGUAUGGCCUUCAGUGCAAAGACUUCAGACCAAUUCUUUGUAUUACACUUGGUUGCCUCUUGGCUAUAUAACUUCUGAGUGCAAAUCAUUGAACUCUUUAACGAAGUAUUGUAGAGAAUAAAUCAUAAUGGGUAAAAA